AUGGCCGUCUCCUCUUCGGAGUCCCUGGGCUCUGCUCUCCCAAACCGCACCCUUCCAGGGCAGCGUUUUUCCUACACUAAAACCUCCCGCCCUGGGUCCAGCUCCGUGCCCCGUGGGCGCGGGGCUGUGCGAGCCGGGGCGCAGGCACCGUAUUUGGCUCUCGGCCGGCUGUGCCCUGACCUCAGCGUGGCUCGCCGGGAGCUGCCGCUUUUCCCUUCCCCUCAUGCAGAGGAAGAACAGAGCAUAAGCACAACAUCUCUGUGUCAGGAAGUCAAUAAUUCAUAUAUGACAAUUAAAAAGCAGCAACAAGAUGUGUUAGGUUUCUUGGAAGCCAAUAAAAUUGAAUUUGAGGAAAAAGAUAUCGCCGCCAAUGAGGAGAAUCGGAAAUGGAUGCGAGAGAACGUCCCUGAAGACAGCCGGCCAGCAAGUGGGAACCCCUUGCCGCCCCGGCUCUUCAACGACAGCCGGUACCUCGGGGACUACGAAGCUUUCUUUGAAGCUCGAGAGAACAAUGCGGUAUACGCGUUUUUAGGCUUGACUGCGCCACCUGGUUCAAAGGAAGCUGAAGCGCUGGCAAAGCAGCAAGCAUGAAUUUCAACCGCCUUAAAUGUUCUGUAAAGGGAAUUUCCACAGCUUUUUAUAAAAUAGUACAAUUGUCUCUGCUUCAAGAAAUGUAGAUGUGAUUUCUAACGUUCGAUUGGUGCUUGCAGCAUUCACCGUACAUAAUACAGAUUUGAACACAAGAUGAAAAUGUGAACAUAAAGGUAGAGAGCAUGGAGUGUAUUAUUACAAAGUUGGCAGCGUAGGAAACUAAAGCAAUUAGACAUGAAUGAUUUUCACGUAGUUUAAACUGUCGUGGCAAUUCGUCCAUUUUGUGUAAACUUCAAGAAACUAUUUUAGUAUUAAUAAUACAGAUGGGGUCAUACCUAGAGCUCCAACUAUUUAAAAUAUGGAAAACAAGCAACAGCAUCUAAAACCUUGUCAGAUACUAACUGCAGUGCCUGAGUCGCCUCAAAAAUGUUACUGAAUUACACAGUAAUUUUUCAGUGUCUUUUCUGGUUUCAGAUGAAAUUGUAGGUGGUAUUGUGUAGUAUAGCCAUUGUAGUCACUUUUGAAAGUUACGUUUCUUCUUUUGUAGAAUGGAUAUUUAAGAUUUGUAUUGUAACGCAUUGUACAGAUGAUGGAAAAAAAAUAAUGCCAUGUAUUUCUCAUUUAAGUGAUCCGUGUGGGCUCUUUUGACAAAGAAAAAGGGAUUUGGGGCAAUGAACAGCCUUUCCAUUGGCAAGUUCAUCACACAGCUGCCUAAGCAUGACUUGAUUACAUGUCUGCGUGCAAGAUUCAGUGCACCUCAGUGAAGUAUGCGCGAAUUCCCAGGCAAUGUUGCAAAUAAGCCAAAAUGGCCAGAAAUGGCAUUUCCUUACCUGUGUAAGGGUGAAAGCCUUUAGUGUAUUUCUCUACAAAAAUACCAGUUCACACUGCUUAUAGCAUUAGGCAUCUCAUUGCAUGUUCAAGUAGUCGUUAGAUUCAUACAGUAUUUUUUCAAAUGAGGAGAUAAAUGUUCAAAUAGCAAGAACUAUUGUAAUUAAGCAAGACUUUUUUUUUUUUGAGGUUUAAAAACUUUUUUUCCCAUUGUUACUGCCGUAUCAUGAAGCUAUUAGAGGAACUGCGAAUCUGUUAAAGUGUCUUGUAUCACUGAAUUUACCAUGUGCAAUAUUAACCUGUCUGUUUUUGCAGUGCUCAUGAGAUAGUCUGUAUUUCUUGGCCAUAUUCUGCAAAAAUACAAAGAAUCACAAGUGCCCUGAAGGAUAAGAAACAGGUUUAAAAAGUGUGGGGGUAAUUUAAAAUGCUUUUUGCACCAUGUA